GCCUGGGCCACCGGACCUAGGGAGGAGGAGGCAGCGUCCUUCCCAAGAUGAAGGGCAGUAAGAAGGAGGAGGGCCACCCCCGAGGGUUUCAGAAUGGAGGACCUCCGGUGGUUUUCUGCUUCGGGGGAGACGAGGGAAGCCUAAGGGGCCACUCUUUGGGAUGGAACUAGUCUAUGCUGUAACUUGAUCCACAGAAAAAACAAGCCAGCCCCAGCUAGCUGAAUUCAUGUGAAAGAUGGCCAAUGCAGAAGUGAGCGUCCCAGUGGGAGAUGUGGUUGUGGUACCCACUGAAGGAAAUGAAGGGGAGAACCCGGAAGACACUAAAACUCAAGUGAUCUUGCAGUUACAGCCUGUGCAACAAGGGAUUUAUGAAACUGGGUCAGAGAACAGCGCAGCAGUUGUAGCCGUAGAGACCCACACGAUACACAAAAUCGAGGAAGGAAUUGAUGCAAGCAGUAUAGAAGGGAACGAGGAUAUGGAAAUCGCUUACCCUAUAACCUGUGGGGAGAGUAAAGCUGUCCUCCUCUGGAAGAAGUUCGUGUGUCCAGGAAUAAAUGUGAAGUGUGUCAAGUUCAAUGAUCAGCUGAUCAGUCCCAAGCACUUCGUUCAUCUGGCUGGCAAGUCCACUCUGAAGGACUGGAAGCGAGCCAUCCGUCUAGGCGGCAUCAUGCUCAGGAAGAUGAUGGACUCUGGACAGAUCGAUUUUUACCAGCAUGACAAAGUUUGCUCCAAUACCUGCAGGAGCACCAAAUUUGACCUCCUGAUCAGCAGUGCGAGGGCUCCAGUGCCAGGACAGCAGACAAGUGUGGUGCAGACCCCCACCUCGGCCGAUGGGAACAUCACACAGAUCGCCAUCUCAGAGGAGAGCAUGGAAGAGGCGGCGCUGGAGUGGAACUCAGCCCUCACCGCCGCUGUCACCAUGGCCACAGAGGAGGGUAUAAAGAAAGAGUCUGAAGAGAUUUCAGAGGACACUUUGAUGUUCUGGAAGGGCAUAGCUGAUGUAGGGUUGAUGGAGGAGGUCGUCUGCAACAUCCAGAAGGAGAUAGAAGAACUGCUCAGGGGCGUUCAGCAGCGGCUCAUUCAGGCGCCUUUCCAGGUCACGGAUGCCGCUGUUCUAAACAAUGUGGCGAACACAUUUGGCCUGAUGGACACGGUCAAGAGAGUGUUGGACAACAGACGGAAGCAAGUGGAGCAGGGAGAGGAACAGUUUCUCUAUACCCUGGCAGACUUGGAACGGCAGUUGGAGGAGCAAAAAAAGCAAGCCCAAGAUCCUAGACUGAAAUCCCAGACGGUUCAAAAUGUGGUGCUGAUGCCUGUGAGCACCCCAAAGCCUCCAAAAAGACCCCGGCUCCAGCGGCCAGCCUCCACCACCGUCCUGAGCCCUUCUCCUGCCCAGCAACCUCAGUUUACUGUCAUCUCUCCUAUCACCAUCACUCCUGUGGGCCAGUCCUUCUCCAUGGGCAACAUCCCAGUGGCUACCCUCAGCCAGAGCUCUAGUCCUGUGACUGUCCACACACUGCCUUCAGGCCCUCAGCUCUUCCGCUAUGCCACCGUGGUUUCCUCUGCCAAGAGCAACUCACCAGAUACAAUGACCAUCCACCCUUCGUCAAGCUUGGCACUGCUAAGCUCCACCUCAAUGCAGGACGGGAGUACCCUGGGAAAUAUGGCCACCAUGGUGAGCCCCAUGGAACUGGUGGCCAUGGAGUCCGGCCUGACGUCAGCAAUCCAGGCUGUUGAAAGCACCUCUGAGGAUGGGCAGACCAUCAUUGAAAUCGACCCUGCCCCAGACUCCGAGGCUGACGACACUGAGGGCAAAGCAGUCAUCUUGGAGACAGAGCUGAGGACUGAGGAGAAAGUGGUAGCUGAAAUGGAAGAACACCAGCAUCAGGUCCACAAUGUGGAAAUUGUGGUCUUGGAGGACUGAUUGGGGACAGGGCCAAGAGCUGUGUUUUGGUUUGGAAUUUUAAUUAUGUUUAUUUUUAUCAUUGUCCCGCUCAUUUCCACAUAGAACUUUUUUUAAAAAAACAAAAAACAAAAACAAAAACCAAACAAACAACAAAAUCUCGUUGUAACUGAAAAUGUUGGGUUCCUCCUACUCCCUCAUUGACAAAUGGACAUAACCCUCCACCUUUCCAGGAGCUAGAAACAGGUCACCCAGGGUCUGAACCAUAUUUCCCCAAGGGAGGUAAUUGCUUUUAGGGGAGGUAUCAAAAUAACCAGGAAUCCUUUCCAGAAUAGUCUGUCUGUGUAUACAGGCAUAGUCUCACUCUUGUAAAGAUGCAUUGACCAGACCCUGGAACACAGAUCUGACUCCAGAAGACGACCAGCUCUGCUGCUGUGGAUACAGAAGCACGCUUGCCUCUGGAUCCUGGAUAUGAUGGCGUCAGAUGCUGGGGCAAAACUCUGAAACAACAGGAGAUUGGCUCUGCUUAGGGCAGAAAGGAGCAUGAUCAGCAGCUUACAGGGGGGGCCCUUUGACAGGGAGGGGGCAAGGAAUGGUCUUCCAGAGGUGCAGCUGAUGCCCCUCGAGCACUUUGAAGGUUGGGUACCAUUUUCAAUUUCAGAAGAGGACAGAGAUUAUAGAAAGAUACCCAGCAGUCAAAAGAUUGUCACAGCUGUGCUUGUGGGCUAGCUCACCUUGCCCCCAGCCUUGUCAAAGCCCUCACCCUCCUCACCCAGGACUAUCUGUCCAUUCCUUUGCAGACUGUGAUGUGGUAUAAAUUGUUCUAAUUCUUGGACUGUAGCUGUCAUGGAGGUGGGGCUCCAAGGCCAUCAUUUUUUGUUUCUUGACUCCAGGAAUGGCAGAGUCCCUCGUGCAGACCAGCUGCGAUUUUUGGUGGAACCCUGGAUGCAAGCAUGCAAGUGUGUAUGUGUGUGUGUGUGUGUGUGUAUGUGUGUGUGUGUGUGUGUGUGUGUGUGUGUGUGUGUGUGUGUGUAUACAUGUUUUGGGUUUGGAACCAAAAGCAGUCAUUUCCCUGGUGCUUCCUCUUCCUUUCCUUCGGUCUGCUGGAUCCCAUGCUCGGCAGCUUUUUGGCAGACAGCAGUGACAGGUGCCUGCCUGCCUUCAUUCCCUUCAGGAGUCUCCUCUCCUGUUCAUACCACAGAUGUUUCUGUGAGAUACAGAACUCAUAAAAUGGCUUAGGCUUGGCAGGGACGACUGGUAACACCCCCAACCUUUCCUGAGGUGUGGACUAGCUAUCUCCUGAGUGAGCUGCACUUCCUGGGAAAGGGACAUUGUAUUUGACAUUGUAAGAAGUAUGACAAGAGUGUCAGUAAUGUCUGGGCAUGGGCCUUCUUCCUAAAUGCUCUUUGUACAUUCAGAACUACUAGAUCACUUUUUCUGCUGUGAUCCCAUGUCAUUGAUUCUCUUGAGGGUUUGGGGAGAGUAAGCAGUUUCUGGUUUCUUUAAUUAUAUUGUUUACUAUGUUAGGGAAAAUAUAGACACUCUCCAGGUGAUCUCCAGGUGACUUUAUAGGUCAAAAAGCAUACAGCUUAGGAGUUGGAGGAUUUAUUAUUAUUAAAAGUAAAAUUUUGGCUUUAGUUUAAAACAAAAUAAAAUAGAGAAGGAUGCCUGUCUAAAUCUGUCUUCUGCCUGCAGGUUUUGAAAACCCUGUAAGCAACAGAAAGUUGCCCCUUCCAUCUCUUAGAUGGCCGUGUGUCACCAGGGAAACAAGCCCUCAGGGAUCACUCUGAAGACCCUGAAGAGUGCGGCUUCUGAACUCUAUUCAGAUUUGUUUCAGCUUUAAAACUGGACUUUUCUUUUCAGAGUAUUUAAUUAGGCUGGGGACAGAACUGAGUUGGUAAAGUGUUCACCUAGCAUGCAUGAAACCCUGGGUUCAGUCUCCAGCAAGAAAUAAACUGGGCAUGGAGGCACAUAUCUUUGAUCCUCACCCUUGGGAAAUAGAGACAGGAGACUUAGAGAUUCAAGGUCAUAUGUAGCAAGUUCAAGACUAACCUGGGAUAUAUGAAAUAGUGUCUAAAAAUGUUUUGUUUAG